AACGUGAAUUUUUGUUCAACUAAAUAUUUAGUCGCAUCUUCGCAAACCUGUGAACCAAUCUGGUUGAUGCAGAACGAAGCUCUUGCCCAAUUACCCAACGCGUGAGCUAACACAAUGCCUCACUCAGACCAUGAUGGUCCCCUUGUCAAGCGCCAAAAGGUGAAUGCUAUUGUUCAGCAUCAGUCAGCCUCUGCCAAGGGGUCGGCCAUCUUUGCACCUUUCCGGACUGUAGGAUUGGUGUCACCAACCGAUGUUCCUUUCUCAUCUAUACCUCUGGGAAAAACUACCUUCCAGAUUACAACCUCGGUCGGCCGAUCACUCCAGACCUACGACCUCAAGCGUGGUCUCAAUCUUGUCUUUGUUACUCGGCCACAGACACCAGCAGACAUUACAGCAACCCAUGCCUGGAAAGAGAAGGUGUUCGCAGCCUGGGGCGAUAGGGGAAAUGGCGGGCAGCAAGGGUUGUGGGUUUUCCAGAGAGGAAAGAGGGUCGCCGAGCUCGAGUUGCCCAGCGACCUGGACCAACCUAUCAAGCAGAUCCUCAUAUUCGGCACAUGGGUGGUAGCCUGUGCGAGGACUAGGUUAGAGGUCUGGAAGUCAACCGACUUGCAACAUUACACGACAAUCCACCUCACCGCAAGCAAAGGAGACAACGAACUGACAGGCGGCAUUUGCAAUAUGCCAACAUACCUUAACAAAGUAUUUGUUGGCCGCGGUAACGGAUGGGUUGAGAUCUGGAAUGUUAGUACCGGCAAACUGAUUUAUACGAUCCUUCCACCGACGCCCGAUUGCGGCGCAGUUGUCUGUCUCGAGCCAACUACUGCUCUCUCCCUGUUGGCGAUAUCAUAUUCUCAAGGGCCAUUGACGGUUCACGACAUAUUACGAGACAAGCUUGUCAUCCAACUCAACGCAGGAACGGAAGAUGCUCCCGUUAGCGCCAUGUCGUUCCGAAGUGACGGCCAAGGCGCAGGGCAGGAUGGCAGGAAAGAUGGCGUCUUGGCUACAGCCACUCUGGCCAGUGGAGACGUUACGUUCUGGGACUUGAAUAAAGGGGGUAGGGUCAUGGGCGUUCUGCGGAGCGCACACAACCCUCCGUCCCAAGACGGCCCUCUCGUUCGUGGCGGGAUCAGCAAGAUCGAGUUCCUCUCGGGCCAAGCCGUAAUCCUGACAAGCGGCCGAGAUAACUCGCUCAAGUCGUGGAUCUUCGAUGAAACGCCCUUCUCCCCUGUUCCACGCAUCCUGCAUACCAGGAGCGGACACGCUGCGCCCGUCAGUUGUCUGCAAUUCCUGCCAACUGACUUCGACGGCGCGGAAGCUGGCAACAAGUGGCUACUCAGCGGCGGGCAAGAUAGGAGCCUCUGGGGAUGGAGUUUGCGCCGUGACGGGCAAAGCUCGGAGCUCAGCCAGGGCAACAUCCGGAAGAAGGCAAAGAAGGUUGGUAUCCUGGGCAGCACGGCCCUCAGCCAUGGCCCGACAACCACGCUGGAUGACCUCAAGGCACCGGAGAUAACAUGCAUCGCCACCUCCCUGAACAGAGACGGCGGGAUUGGUGCCAUGCCGGGAAAUCAGCCCAUAUGGCAGAAAGAGCAUGGCAAGUCCAAGCCGACCGAUGCCGAGAUCAGCGGUAUGACUGGAUGGGAGAGUGUUGUGACGGCUCACAAGAACGAUUCUUGGGCUCGCACCUGGUUCUGGGGCCGGAAGAGAGCCGGGCGCUGGGCUUUCCGAACUGGAGAUGGCUCCAAUGUCUCUACCAUCGCCAUCAGCCCCUGCGGCACCUUUGCCCUCGUCGGGUCCGCGAAGGGCAGCAUUGACAUGUUUAAUCUGCAAUCUGGUCUACACCGGCAGCGGUUUCCUUCCAAGCUGACGCCAGCACAGGCCAGGCACCUGAAGAUGCAGCAGCUGAAACAGCUGGACAACGCCACCCAGCUUCAAUCGAGAUCUCAGCCCAAGUUCGCCCAGGGAACCGGAAAACACGUCGGCUCUGUCACGGGCAUUGUUGUCGACUCCAUGAACAAGCUCGUCAUAUCCUGUUCCCUGGACGGGACCAUCAAGUUCUGGGAUUUCCUUACGGGCGGUCUUCUGGAUGAAAUUGACUGGGCACCCAUGACGGGCAUCACGGGCUGUCGGUACCAUGCAGCCAACGACCUGAUCGCCUUCUCGUGCGACGACCAUUCCAUCAGAGUGGUGGACAUCGAGACGAGGAAGACCAUCAGAGAGUUCUGGGGCUGCCAGGGCGAUGUCAACGAUUUCUGCUUCUCGAAUGAUGGAAGGUGGAUCGUCGCAGCUUCGCAGGACUCCCUGCUGCGGGUGUGGGAUCUCCCUACCAGCCACUUGAUCGAUGCGUUCCGGCUAGAGAGGCCUUGCAAGGCUCUAGCUUUCUCUUCUACGGGCGAGUAUCUCGCAGCAGCCACGGAAGGCGAGCUCGGCGUGCACAUCUGGACCAACAGGGCGUUGUUCAGGCACAUUCCGACGAGGCAGAUCUCUGAGAAGGAGAUUGCCAGCAUAUCCAACCCUACAACGUCUGGCGAAGGUGGUCAAGGGCUUUUGGAGGGCGCCUUCGACGAGGAGGUAGCGUCCGACGACGGCGAUGCUGUCUCUGCUCCCACGCUUGAUCAGCUCAGCUCGGAUAUGAUGACGUUGAGUCUGGUGCCGAAGAGCAGAUGGCAGACUCUCCUGCAUCUGGAUCUGAUCAAGCAGCGAAACAAGCCGAAGGAGGCCCCAAAGGCUCCGGAGAAGGCACCCUUUUUCUUGCCAUCGGUCGGCGGGUCAAACCCGCUAAACUCUGGCGAAAGUGCCCAGGCCAACGGGGCCGAGGAUACCAAGUCCAGGAUCACAAAGUUCGACCGGAGCCGGUCCGAAGAAGCCUUCACCACGAAGCUUCGCGAGGGAGCCACUUCCGGCAACUACGGAACCUUCAUCGAACACCUCAAGUCCCUCUCCCCUUCCACCGCAGAUCUCGAACUGAGGUCUCUGUCGCUCGGCGAAGGCGACGACGACGAGGCCAACGAGCUGCUGCACUUCAUCCGGGCGCUGACGUGGCGACUCGUCGCCAGGAGAGACUACGAGCUCACGCAGGCGUGGAUGACCGUCUUCCUCCGGCUGCACUUCGAUCUCGUCAUGGAAAACGGCCCCUGCCUUGGCGCGUUGCGCGCGUGGAAGGAGCACCAGGAGAGGGAGCGGGACAGGCUGGACAACCUGGUCGGGUAUUGUGGCGGCGUGGUUGGAUUCCUGAGAAGUCCAAGGACAUAGUUUGUGCGCGCCAUGGUGUUGCUUGCGUCCUUGGUUAGAAAUAGCAGCUUAGAUUCACCUUUUUCUUCAUUCCUCGCUGGUGCGGGCGCUUUCACACUCGGUUAGCCCGUCUCCUUACCUGCCGCCCUACUUUAAGACCGGCCUCUGCGCCUCUGCCCGGGCUGUUUAUCCUAGUUCACUAUAUUACAAGAUAACUUCAUCGGCCAAGGUAUGUAAGUGCGAGCUCAGUCAUCAAUUGUCUACAGGCUUAGAUAGGCGGAUCCAAUGCUAUAGGUUGAUCCGUUAUUCAUCAGAGGCAAGCAAGCAGGCGGUGUCUCAAGUCAGGAUUCAACAGCUCGCAUUUCAGAUAUGUAUAUUCCGUAUAGAUAAUCACUCGUAAGCUGAAUUCCAAUAUUGCCA